GCAACAAUAAAAAAAAAAUAAAAAAACUGUAUAAUCUCAGCCACUACGUACAAAUUUAAAGGCCUCAUUCACACAGACACUCCAUCAUCACACACAUCAGUAGUGUCAGCACCAGUUCUUAUUGUUAUUUACAGUGUGAUAGGCAUGUAAUGACCUUGAAAAUCGGCCCUUAGGAUUGGCUCCAUAGACAUGAAAAACAAGGAACUUGCAAGCACUAGAAAUGCCUGCAAACGAACCUACUGCCAAGUGGAAAGUUCCACUUAGUGAUGGCACACAUGUGGUAGAAUUUGAACACGGAACUGCCACUGGAAAAAGGGUGGUGAGGGUGGAUGGUAAAAUUUUGGUACACAGAGACUGGAUGUUCAGACUUGUUGGCGAUGAAGUUGUAAAUAUUGGCAAAAAUAAACUUGUCAUUCGAGUGGAUCCUAUACCUGGAUUAAAAUAUUCAUACACUCUUUGGGUUAAUGGCAAAAGUUUUUCCAAUUUCAUCCAGGCACAAUCAAAAAUUUUGAAAUCAUGGUCAACUGAAAUUGGAGGCACUCAAUACAGGAUAGUUUUGGACAAAAAUACUCAAGCAAUAUGGGUGAAUGGACAUCAAGUUAACGUUGAGAACGAGUUUGUUGAUGGGGGUGCAGAAAUGUCAUUUUCUGUCGGACUUUUUACAGCAGUGAUCAGAUCCAGUAGUACUGGAGAACGAGAAAUAAGAUAUGUUCUUUAUGUCGACGACAUAGAAAUCAUAGACCAAGAAAAACUUGAAUGAAAUAGAAAAAUAUAAAAAAUUGCUUCUGUAAAUAAAUUAAAAUAGGUUUCGAAACUUUAUUGUUUAAGACAAUUUUUUGUUUGAAAUAUUAAAAAUGAAAAAUGUCAAGAAAACGUUGAUUGGCUGAUUUAAAAUAUCAUUUUUCCGUCUAGUAUUAUUCAAUAACAUUAUGUAUUAAGAUUUUUCUCGAGAAUAUUUGUAUAAGCACAUCUACGUCUAAAUUUUAAAUACAAGUACGA